CAGCGAUGAAAUUUUAAAAAAGAAAUUAGUUGGGUGAGCGUUUGCUUAGUCUUACAUGUCGAGGGCGAAAUAGUGUUUUUCUUAGCGAACUGCUGGUAAGUCAGAUGAAAAUAACAAUCGAAACUUAAAGAGAACAUCUGAUGGUCUGCGCUUGAUUUUAAAGUCGAAACCCAAGAUGGCUCUUCAUAGAAAAAAGGAGGAGGCUUUAUUGAACUGGAUAAACAGUCUCCAUUUGGACAGUCCAAUAGACCACAUAUUCCUCUUACAAGAUGGUGUCAUUCUGGUGAAACUCAUACAUAAAUUAAAGAAGCAAGAAAUAGGAGUGGAUGCUGUCUUGGAGCUGCCCCUGCAGGGAAGAUUAGAUUUUAUUUCUGCAUUUUUACAAAAGGAUUGCAGAUACAAAGCUGACAGAGGUACCAUUGUAUCCUGGGACAACAUUGUACUGGGCAAAAACCUUGAUGUCGAACUGUCAAAGGUGGUCGUUCUGCUGUUGUACCAUUCUCUCAUGAACGGAUUGCUGGGACUGGACAGGCUGGGCUAUGACAUAGAGUUGGAGCUGGCUGAUGUACUUCGCUUCGUUUUGAACAAUGAAGACAGCCUUUACCUAAGUGAUAAUUUGGAGAAAAUUCUCAAAAAGCAGUCAAUUUUUGAUUUCUCCAGUGCAUCCAGUUCGAGUUUCAGUGACGAGGAGUCGCCAGUUUUCUCCAGACGACGGAGGCCAGAAGUUCAGUUCCUGGAGCUGAAAACUGUGGCAUCAAGUUCUGUUGGGUCACCCAUACAGGAUGUACUAAACACGCCUCAGUUUCGGCUUAGGAAACUGCAGAAGCAGUUGGUCCAGGAAAGGGAGAUGAGGGAUGAGCUGGAACGAGAGUUGGCCAGCAGGAGUCAGGUCAUCACAGAGAGGGAGAUGCAGGUUUCCCAGCUUCAACACAGAGUCCAGAGAAUGAUGAGGGACAGUGAGGAACAAGAGCAACAGCCUAAGGAGAUUGAGCAGCUGCAGAGAAAAAACGAAGGGCUCUUGACUCGGUUGCAUGAUGUUCUGAAGCAAUGCCAAGAACUGAAAACAAAUAAAACUCAAAUGGAGAGGAAGAUUGAUGACUUAACAGAAGAAAAUGGAAUUCUCUCUGUCCAGAUGCGAGAGAUUUUUUCUCGCUUGUCAAGUGCUGAGGCAGCUGUGCAGAAACUGAGUGCAGAGCAGGAAUCUUCACAGGUGGAAUGGGAAAGUAAGAGAGGUCUUCUUGAGAGUGAACUUGGCCAGGCUCUCUCUCAAAAGGAGUACUUGAAUGAGCAAAUCCAGAUUCUGCAGGGGAAGAUCUCCAUUCUUGAGGAUGAACUGAGCAAGGCAAAGGCUGAAACUCUGGGGGGAGGUGAAGUCAUGGGUCCCAUCAUGGAGUGGGAACGACUAAACCAAGAGAUUGCUGACUUGAAUCAUAAGCUAUCUCAGCUUCAAGAAAUCAUCAUUCAACUGCAAAAGGAAAAAAAAGAAAUCGAAAUGAUGUAUGAGGUAGAAAAGACCAAAUUUGAGGCUGAGAAAGCUCGUUUAGAAGAGCUUGUAUCUGAGCUGAAUAAAAUGCUGACUGUCCAGCGGGGUGAGAGAGAGGCAUUGGAACAGGCCUUAAGGGAGCAACGGGUGUCACUGGAAGCACAGAUCGAGGCCUUAACUGCAGAUAUUGCAUCUCUGACAGAAGCUGUUCAGCAGAGGGAGUUGGCUGUGACUAAUUUCAGUCAGAAAGUAGAUGUGGAACGGAAGAGGGUGGAGAAGCUGACAGAGGAGAUGGAAAAACAGGAACGGUUUGCUCAGAAAACAAUCCAGGAACUUCAUGAGAGGGUAGAUCACCUGGGCUCUGUUCUGAAUUCAAAGGAAGAGGAAGCACGUUCUAAUGCAGAGGAGUGGGCUCGGGAAAGGCACGAGAUCUCCCGCCAACAGGAGGUGCUGAUGGAGGCCAGGGAGACCAUUUCCAGGGAAAGGGAUGCCAUUGCCACAGAGUAUCAGCAUUUUCAGCAAGAGAAAGAAGAGGUUGCCUGCAAGCUGAACCAGCAGAUUGUACUCCUGGAAGAACAACAGAGUGUGGAGUGGUCUCUCUUGUCAGAGCUCAGAAAAGAAAAGCAAGAACUUGAGCAGAAAGUUUCAUCUAUAGAAGCUAUAGUGGAUAAUCUCAGAACUAGAUGUCACGGCUUGGAGUUGGACAGUGAGGCACAACGAGCCAGCCACCAGGAAGAAGUGGAGUCUCUGAAGAGAAAGUUGCAUGAAGCAGAAAGUAUCCUUGGAGUUUAUGAAGGAAAGCUGGCUGAUCAUCAAAAGAUUGUUGAGGAGCAUAUAGCUCUUCGUGAUGAACUCUCUGCUGCAGCAGAAUGUGCUAAAGGUUUAAGGGAUGAGCUGGAAGUGGAGAGAAGCAAACAUAAAGAGACCCUUGCAGCUAAGCUCCAGAGCAAAUCCCAAAUGAUGGAGGAAAUGAGGGAGCUUGAAGAGAAGACACAGAAUAUGUCUGUGGAGAUGCAGCACCUGGGCCAGCAACUGAGCAAAGUGCAGCAGGAGAAAAUGCGGGUUGACGCCAGUAUGGCAAAGCUGAUUGAGGAGGGCAGAGAGGUGGAAAGGGGACUAACUGCUGCACGUGAUCAAGCUUUCCUCACAAUCAAGGAAAGAGAAGCAGAAACAUCAAAGUUGAGGUCAGAGGCUGAAGCUCUAUCAAGCAAGGUGAUUUUGGCAGAGGAGGCCAAAGCUAUCGAGUUAGCAAAAAAAGAUGACGAAAUGCAGGUUCUGUCUAAGGAGAUGAAGCAAAUUCAGAUGGAACUGGGAACUGUAAAGAAAGCUAAAGAUGAUAUGGAGCUUGAUCUGCAGUCCAGUAUUGAGAAACGGCAGGAACAACUUCUAGUGCUGCGCUUUCAGAUGAAUGAGUUGGAAGAAUCCGCAAAUCAAAAGGAGACUGAAAUUGAGGUUUUGCAGACCAAGCUUUCUAACAAAGAUGAAGAAUUAAAGGCUUUUUGUCUUCAUGAAAAAGUUGAAAGGGAGGAACUGCAAAGACAACUUAAACAGGAAGAAGACAGAUGCUUAAUGUACAAACAAGAAAUAGUUGUAAAGGACAAGGAGGUUAACUUCUUGAAAAUGGCAAUGGUGGCAAAAGAGGAAGAAAUAAAUUCAUUAAUGCAGAGCAUCCAUUCUGGGGAAGAGAAGGCUUCAGCUUUUCAGGAUCUACAGGAGAAAAGGCAUGAGGAGCAAAAGCAAGCCAUAUCUACUCUUGAAAUUAGGUUAUCUGAUGCUCAUAGACUGUUAGAGGAGAAGGCCUCUUCCAUUGAAAUGCAGACUAGUCAAGUUAUGCAGUUGCAAAGGGAUUUGUCUACUGAGCAGGAACGGGUUGUUUCUUUGGAGCAGAGUAUGAAGGUGUCAGACGAUGCCCUCAUACACUGUAAAUUGGAGAAAGAGGCCCUGAAAAAUGAGGUUACCUCCUUGCAAGAACUUGCUGAAAAGCUUAAGGGAGAACUUGAAGAGCUGAAGAGAGAACAUGAGAACCUGAGACUUCAAGUUGCAGAAACUGAGACUCUGCAUAACAAAUCUGAAGAGAGGAUUGCUCAGCUUCAAGCCCGGUUAGGGACAGCAUCUGCUCUUGCUUCUGAGAAGGACUCUCAGCUAGAAUUACUUCAUGCAGAACUGAAAGAGAGGGACAGCUUGAGAAUCCAAGCUGCAGAAAUGGAGGCUCGGCAUAAGGAACUGGAAGAGAGCAUUGCUCAGCUUCAAGCCCGGUUAGGGACAGCAUCUGCUCUUGCUUCUGAGAAGGACUCUCAGCUAGAAUUACUUCAUGCAGAACUGAAAGAGAGGGACAGCUUGAGAAUCCAAGCUGCAGAAAUGGAGGCUCGGCAUAAGGAACUGGAAGAGAGCAUUGCUCAGCUUCAAGCCCAGUUAGGGACAGCAUCUGUUCUUGCGUCUGAGAAGGACUCUCAGCUGGAAUCACUUCAUGCAGAACUGAAAGAGAGGGAUGGCUUGAGAAUCCAAGCUGCAGAAAUGGAGGCUCGGCAUAAGGAACUGGAAGAGAGCAUUGCUCAGCUUCAAGCCCGGUUAGGGACAGCAUCUGCCCUUGCUUCUGGGAAGCAAUCAGAGCUAGACUUGCUGCAUAAAGAGGUAAGAGAGAGAGAGAAGCUGAGAAUUAGAGCAGUGGAGGUUGAAGAAGCACAGCAUAAGGAAUUGGAAGAGCGGGUCACUGAGGCAUCAACUCUUGCCUCUGAGAGGAAAUCCCAACUUGACUCAUUGCAUAAUGAAAUGAAUGAGAAGGACCAUGUGAUCAAGACUCAGCAUAUGGAGUUGGAAUCCACUGUAACCCAGCUGAAGGAACAGCUUCAUACUGCCACCUCUCUUGCUGCUGUACAGAAACGGGUCAAUGAAAAAUUAAAUGAGGACAUUCGAAGGCUUGAUGUCGUAAGGCAAGAGUCAAUGGAAAGGGAUGCGCUCCGGAUUCGUGCUAUAGAAGCUGAGGAUCUGAAAAGGAAAGAAAUGGAAGAGACUAUAGUGAAGCUCAAGUCAGAGAUCCUUACACACACUACCAAACUAGAGCAUCUUAAUAAGUGGCACCAGCAGCAGCUCUCAGUGCUUAGGAAUGAGAAUCAAACGCUGUUGUCUAUGAAGGAGUCCAUGGUGAAGGAGCAGGAGGUUUCCCAACGGGUGAAGGUCUCCCUGGAGAGCAAGCUGAAGCUUGCUGGGCAGGAGCUGUCUGUACUUCUCCCCUUACAGGAGUGUAAGGCAGAGAACGAGCGGCUCAUUGGUGAUCUUCAGGAGCAGCUGCAGGCGAAAACUGAAGCAAUGAAACACUGCAAAGCUCAGGUUCAGAUGGCGAAGACCCACUACAAUGGGAAGAAGCAGCAGCUGCUGGAGGUCCAGGAGAAGGCUCAAACACUAGAGAAUACACUUGAGAGCAGAGAUCAGGAGGUGAAGGUACUCAGGAGUGAGAUGAAGCUGCUGCAGAUAGAGCUGGAUCAGGCCAAGCUCUCAGAGAAAGAUCUGGCCUUAAAAGUGAACAGCUUGCAGGCUCAGGUUGACUAUGCUGACAGGCAACUGAGGGAAUAUGCAAAGCAUGGGAUUGACACCACUCUGAAUACCUGCAAGCCUCCCUCUCAGGAGGAACGGAGUGAGAAGCUAGCAGACCUCAGCAAGGACAGCCUGGAUUUCUGCUUGGACGACUCCCUCAGUGCCACCCGGAAGCCGCUGGCGCAUGAGGAGUCCAGCACGCCGCUGGUGCGCAGCUCGGAGCGCCUGAGGGCGAAGCGGCGGGCACUGGGUGACGACUCCAUAGACACCAUCUUCUUCACCCCCAUGGCCAGCAACUGCCCCAGGAGUAAGCUGGAGAACAGCAUCAUGUCGCUGGGCGAGCUUGCGAUCGACUCGUCCAAGAAGAGCUACUCUGCCCGCCGGCGGACCACACAGGUUAUCAACAUCACCAUGACUAAGAAGACUCCAGGCAAAGCUGAGGUCGAUGGUGAAAGCAGCUUGUUCUCCAGUCUCCACUCUGCCCAAUCGGUUCCCAACAUUGCCUCGCAGAGGAAUCGCCCGAUCUCCAUGGAGUUCUUUGAUGAGCCUGUUGGGGGCAGCAGUGACCACCUCCUGAGUUUGCCAGGAUACCGCCGCAGCACUACUCACAGCCACGUCCCACCUCGCAACAUUAACACGUAUGGUGUGGGAGCUGAGAAUGAACCUGACGUCACAGACGACUGGAAGCGCAUUGUUGAGCUCCAGGCCCGAAAUAAAGCCUGUCUGCCUCACCUGAAGAGCAGCUACCCUUUGGAGUCCAGGCCAAGCCUGGGAAUGCCGUUGUUUAACAUCACAGAUGAAGACCUGAGGACUGGAGACCCGAUGGAGACGAUUCGUCGUGCCUCGAUGCUCCCAGAUCAGAUUGGGGAAGGCGUGGCUUCCCGGCGCUCUACCAUGCUGCCUGGCCAGAUUGGUGCCGGGCUGGCAUCACGCCGUGCCUCCGUGCUUCCUAAGCCGGCUUCUGUUGUUGGCCAGAAUGCAGGAGGGUCUGUCUUCUCCCUGAAGCGCCAAGGCGAUAACUUGCUGGAGUCGGACACACCAGAAGCUAAGAAGAUGCCAAGCUGCUUCCCCCGACCAAUUCAGAGCAAAUCUCCCAAUACUCCUGCGGAGCGCAGGCAGUCGGUGAUGUUCAGUGUUGACAACACACCCCAUAAGAAUGCCAAGAGCAGCAUUCUGCAGCGAGGCAUCAACAAGAUGCGGAGUAGCACCCGCAAGUCCCCAGGAUCCGUCAGCAAGAUCGCUGGUUCCGUCAGCAAGAUCGCUGGUUCCGUCAGCAAGAUCCCUCGCUCCAGGAAGUCUCCCCAGAGUGAUGCGGCGAAGCCACAGCGCCGCUCCCCCCGGAUCAACUGCAGAAAAUCCCCCAAAAUCACCGCCAGUGCCAAGAAGAGUGUGGACUCAACAGGCAGAUGGCAGCAUUACCAUGCAGAUAAUGGCUUACCGGCCACGAAUGAAGAUAUGAUAGCUGGACGUGUUCUGGUUUGCCCUACUGCUUCACACCCAGACAAGCAUCAAUCAAACUAAAGAACAUUUUAUCCUUUUAAACUGAGUAAUUAUUUUAAUGGGUGUGCAUUUUAUGAAACCGGUCAAAGUUCAAUUCAUCUUUUUCAUUAAAGAAUGUUAAUCUUCUAA